GGCACUGGCAUUCUGGGAGCUGGGACUGGCACUGGGCGGUGGCACUGGUGUCGCCAGGUCCGGUCGCCCCUCUGCAGGCUCCGGGAGCCCCGAGUCCCAUUCCGGGCACCGGCCCCGUUUCAGCUCCGCCGCUUGGGCCCCGCCCCGCCCCACCCACUUUCGCCCCGCCCACCGGACCACGCCUCCGCCCCGUGCGCCUCCGUUUCCGCGUCGCGCGGUGCACGCCGGGAAUUGUAGUCCCGCGCGCCAUCCCUGGCGGGCGGAGGUGCGGACUACAGCUCCCAGCGUGCAGCGAGGCUGCGCCUGCGCAGUGCGGCGGCCUCGGGCUGCGGGAGCUGAGGGGUCAGAGGGGCUGGAACGGGACCGGGUGUGGAACGAGCCUGGAACGGACUCCUGAGGGGCUGAGCGGGGCUGGGACGGGCUCCUGCGGGGGUGUCAGUCGCCGGGACGCCCCCGUUGCCACCAGCCCUUCUCUCCCGCAGGCCAUGAGCUGCGCCGCGGGCUGGGAGCGGCCGGAGGAAUGGCCACAGGAGCGGCCGGAGGAGCAGCAGCGCGUGGUGCCCCCGAUUCCAGCUCUGGGGCAGGGAGGUGUCCUGCAGGAGCUGGUGCUCGCAGACGGGCAGCCCCCAGCGCCUGGGAUCAGCGAGGAGCAGCGCCAGGCCCAGGAGGAGUGGGAGGCUCUGGAAGAGAUCCAGUCAGGGUUGGGGGGCACCUCGGGCGCGGCCCCCCCUCCGAUUUCCUUCUCGGAGGCGCUGCAGCACUUCCAGAGCGCGGAGCUGCCCUGCAGCCGGGGCUCGGCCCGCGCCCCGGCGCGCCGCGGCUUCCUGGCUGCCCUGCUGCGCUGCCUGCGCGGGCCGCCCCGGCUGCGCCCGCAGCUCCGCGGCGAGCAGGAGCUGGCGCUGGCCAUGGCACAGUGUGCCCUGGAUGACUCGGAGCGGGUGCACAUGCGGAUCCUGCAGACCAUCUACCGGCAGCUGACGCGCUCCAGGCUGGGCUGCCCGCGCUACGGGGCACACUGGGAGGAGCUGGGCUUCCAGGGUGCAGAUCCUGGCACUGACCUGCGUGGGACAGGAAUGCUGGGGCUGAUGCAGAUCCUGUUCUUUGUCCUGGAUUCCCGGACGCUGCCGCUGGCACGGGAGAUCUUCCAGCUCUCCCACCAUGAAACCCAGAAUUUUCCCUUCUGCAUCAUGUCUGUGAACAUCACCCGGAUCGUGAUCCAGGCGCUGCAGGAGGAGCGGCUCUCCCGGGAGUGCAACCGGCGGCAGCAGGUGAUCGCGGUGCUCAACGACCUCUACGCCGCCGCCUUCCUGCGCCUCUCGCGCCUCUGGGAGCAGCAGCACGGCACCGUGGCCAACGCUGGCUUCUUCCUCAAGGAGCUGGAAUUAUCCACCAAAAAGAAGCCGAGGCAGCUGCUGAAAUCCCUGGAAGCCUACCUGAGCCGUGGCCUUCGGCCUCCCUCCCCUCCCUCCUCCCAGAUCCACUUCAGCAGCAUUUGUGACCCUGGGGUGGAGCUGGAGGGAGAUGCCUGACUGCUCUGGCACGGAGUGGGACCUGCACAGGGAAUUGUGCUGGUGGAUCAGCCCUUGGAGGGACACACACGGGUGUUCCCCUGGUUUGGGGGCUCAGGAAGGGCCAGGAGAGGUCUCAGAGCCGGGAUUUUGCCUGCUCCAGGUGGAACUUUCUGGAAGCAAAGGAGGAGGAGGUGGCAGAGCAGGGGAUUCCGUGAGCCACCCAGCCUGCUGCUGGGAGAGUCCCUGUCCCCACCCCAAAUCCAGGGUCCCACCUGGGUCCUCACCCUGCCCAGCUGGAGCUGGAAGGUGGUGCUGGGUCCCUGGGUCCCAUCCCAGCCCCAGCAGCGCCAGGAAUGGGUGACCCCCACUUUGGGGGGCUGUGUCAGACCCCCAGGGCCACUGUGGGCUGUCAGCACCCAAAAAAGUUAUUAAAGGGGGAGAUGAGGGAUCUGGUGGGAAAGAGAGUUUUGGGUUUGCCACUGGACUCUGUGUCUGGGGGAAGGAAAGGAGGACUGUGGUGCCCAGAGUCACUUUGGGGUGGAAAAGAUGCUCUGGAGGAGAGAAACGAGGGUUGAGAGCUCCAAGGAGGAGGGGAAGGGUUAUUCCCUCUGGGAGCUCAGGGCCAGUGCUUGGGAAUGUCCCCAGGCCCCUAAACAUGGGGAAAAGCAGCCCCCAAAGCCCAGAUCUGGGGAGAAAUGAGGGGUUUGGAGAAGUGGGAGCUGGGGAGAGUGGAACGUUGUGGCCCCAGCCCUGCUGAGAGGGCGAUGAUUCCAAGGGGCUAGGAAUGCUCCUGGAUGGAAAAAAAAAAAAUAAAUGGAGAAAAAAGCAACCUGGA